GCUGCGAACUUUCCGACCUUCCGCUCGGUCUCUGCGGGUCGUCCCGCACCCGGAGCCGGCCGCAGGAGGGAGCGGGGAAUGAGGCGCUCAGGUGGGGUGAGCCGGGAUGUGGUGAUUCUGUACGGGGAGGAGGCUGACCAGUGGAAUGUCUACCUGCGGAAGGUAUUCCUGCAGCACCUGGACCCGGGCAGGGUCUGCAGCUUCCGGCUCGGACACCUGAGGGAUCUGCAGACAUCCGCGCCCACACUGACCCGCUGCUGCUGCAAGUUUGUGGUCCUGACCAGGGGCCUCCUGCAGUCGCUGAGCGUCUCCGAGAGGCAGCUCCUGAGCAGAGUUCUCCAGCCUCCUGCCUCGGUGGUGCUCCUGCGGUUUGGUGUUCCCUCCUCAGAUCAGCUCUACCAGCUGCUGCCCAUGGCGAGGGCAUUCUGGGAGGUGUCGGCAGACCAGGAGCCCUGGGAAUAUCUGUCCAUGGUCACCAGCAUCAUCGAGUCAGGUCCCACCCUGGAGCCUCAGCUGACAGAUUUUCACGCAGAGAUGGAUGUGAAGGAAGAUCCCACUGAAGUGCUUGUUAAUCCUGACAACUUCACAGAGCCUCUGCUGGUGAUGCCCAACCACAUACCAUGUAAAAGUGCGCCGGAAAUAUAUCUGCUCCUGAAACACCACCUGUCCCUGGAGGAGGAACCCGAGGUUGUGCUUGUGAUGGGCACCCGGCAAUGGAAGGUUCAGGCCCGUGUGUGGAACAGUCAAACUGUCUGUGUCACGGCUGUGGACCUCCCUGCUGGCUCUGUGACACUGAAGCUUCACAGCAGAGGAAUCCUCCUGGGCACUGCCCAGCUAAUCUACUUCAGCCCCAUUGAGGAGAUCGAACGCCUGCUGCUCAAGGUGACUGACCCGGUCGAGUUUAUCCGCCAGGCGUUCCAGAUUUCCACCCAGACUCAACUGGACGAACUGCUCACCAAGUCGCUCCAGAAUUCCCUGCCUCCCAGUGGGAUCGGAGCAUUCCAGAGUGUCGGAACAGGCAGCCACUCUCCUCCCCCACACAGUGAGGAGGAUUCCGAGUGUCCGACGUUGCUCCACUUCGCUGCCAGGAACGGGUUUGAACGCCUCACUGCCCUGCUGCUCGACUGUCCCGGAGCGACUCAAGCCUCAGUGAUCCCAAACUGCCAGGGAGAGAGGCCGGGGGAGCUGGCCGAGAGGUAUGGCUUCCAGCACAUCCGCGAGCUGAUGGACAGAUUCACGGAGUCCGGGCAGAGCUGGGAGAACCAGUCCGUGGAGCGGAUCCCCGUCGGACACGGCCCCCAGGGUGCCGGCUGUGAGGACAACAUCUAUGAGAUGAUGAUUGGACUGGGGACGGCAGAGAAAAAGUGCGGGUGGGCGUCCCAGCCAGAGGAGGUGCUGGAUGAGGAAGACCCCUAUGUCCUGGCGUUGGACGAGGAAGUCCGGUACACCACUGGGGUACCCAAGAAAGACCACCACACAGGGGUACCCAGGAAAGACCAGCACAGCACAGCGGUGGACAAGCAAGACCAUUACGCCAUGGCAUCGGCAAAGGAAGUCCACUACGCCACAGGGAUAACUAAGGAAGAGCACCACAUCACGGUGGUGGACGAGGAAGGCCCCUAUACCCUGGUGUUGGGUCAGGAAGACCACCACACCCCAAAGGUAACCAAGGAAGACCCCUACAUCCUGGCGUUAGACGAAGACCGCUACACCGUGGUGGUACCUAAGACAGACAGCCACACCACGACAGCAGAUGAAGUAGAUGGUUACACCGCGGCUGCGGACAAGGAAGAUCCCUACACCCUGGCGUUGGACGAAGACCGCUACACCACUGUGGUCCCUAAGGAAGACCACCUCACCGCGACAGAUGAAGAAGACCGUUACACCGCGGCUGCGGACGAGGAAGACCCCUACAGCUUGCCAUUAGACGAAGACCGUUACACCACCGUGGUCCCUAAGGGAGACCGCCUCACAGUGAUGGAAGAUGAAGACCCCUACAUCCUGGCGUUGGACGAAGACCGCUACACCACUGUGGUCCCUAAGGGAGACCGCCACAUGGCGACGGUAACCAAGGGAGACCACUACAGGGCGGAGGUAACCAAGGGAGACCACCACAUGGUGGACAAGGACAGGGAACGCACACACGGCCUCAUUCUGCCACAACACAAGAGCAGUGCAGACGCUCGGAAGGACAAGGCGCCCCACCUGCUGAGCCGGCCCCCCGCACCCAUCCCUCGACCGGUCACCCUGUCAGAGGCUCCCGGCACCCCGUUCAUCGCACAAGUCUUUCAGCAGAGGACAGGCAAGGGGACAGACGAGCAGGUCUACGGGACCCUGGCGAGAGACGUGAACCCACGCAGAGACGAUGUCUACAGUCUGCCCGCGCCAGUGCGACGCACACCUGGGGUCGGGAUCCUGGGAACGUUCCCGUCUCCCCCCCCCACAUGAAGGAAAACUCCGGCUGACAACGCUGGAUCCAAUUCCCAAAGAGAAUAAAACCAGAUUAACCCGG